AUUUUAACAGUGCAGGCUUUCAUAUCUGAGCUAAUAUAAUUCGAGAUUUUGCGGAGGACGAGAACAUUUGAUUUCACCACUCGAACUACUAAUCAAUUUAUCUCAUGAGAUUUCUUUCGUCAAAGUAAUGAUCUCUGCUAGUAUUCUCGUGACAUUCCUGUAUCUCGAAGUAGCGAAAAUCUUUAUAGUGCAAGAAACGUUUGCUCUUCAAACUCUUCAUAUUGGCGGCUUCUUUCCCUUCACUGGAUUGUCUAAUGGAAGCAAGAGCUCAAUGAAAGGCGAGUUUAUUCGGGCGGCCGUUUCCAUGGCCAUAGAAGAUGUGGAAAAACAAAAAGUCUUACCGAAUGGCUAUAGCUUACAACUUCACGCAAAUGAUACAAAGUGCAGAAUGGACCAUGCCUCUCGCGCUCUUUUUGAAAUGAUUAACAAAGAACCAACAAUGAUAGCUUUACUUGGAGCGGGGUGUUCUGCGGUGUCAGAGAGAAUUGCGGAGGACUCAAAGACCUGGAAUCUUAUCAUGGUAUCCUAUGGAUCAACGUCUCCAACCUUAUCAAAGAAACAGAAAUAUCCUUUGUUCUUUCGAACAAUACCAUCUGACGCUGCGUGUAAUAAGGCUCGUGUGGCUCUCCUAAGAAAAUUCAACUGGUUAAAAGUUGGACUGAUAGGGCAGAAUGAUAUUAUUAACUCUGAGACUACUGCUGACCUACAAGAAGAACUGGCCAACGCAGAUAUUCAGAUCCUUACGUCAGAGACCUUUGUAGAUGAUCCCACUGCCCAAGUGAAGAGCUUAUCGGAGAAAGAAGCCAGAAUAAUUCUUGGAAAUUUUGAUGAGAAAAGUGCAAGAAAGGUUUUAUGCCAGGCGUUUCAAAACGAGAUGUAUGGUGCUCGCUAUGCUUGGCUUAUACCAGGCUGGUUUAGUGAGAACUGGUGGAAGAAACAUUUAGACGAAGAGUCCAUAGGAUGUACCGUAGAACAGAUGAAUAAAGCUGUAAAUGGAUACAUCUCCUGCGACAACUUAAAGAUCAAUCCAGACAACACCACUACAGUAUCUGGAAAAUCUCCUGGGCAGCUAAGUUCUCGGUACCAAAACAUCACUAAGAAGGAAUUGUCGAAGACUGAUGGUGGAUUUGCAUACGACGCGGUUUGGGCCAUCGCAUUGGCUCUGAAAAUGACCGAGGAACAUCUCAGAAGAUUAAAUCCUUCCCAGUCCAUAGUCAAUUUCACUUAUGUUAAUGAAGAUAUCAUGAAGCAGUUCAAGAGUUAUUUGAAUAAAACCCAAUUCCAAGGUCUCACAGGACCGGUGCAAUUUACAUCCAAAGGAGAUCGCAUGGGUUACAUGAAGAUUGAGCAGCUACAAGAUUGGAAGGAAAGUACUGUCUCUUUAUAUCUGCAACAAAAUGAUAGCAUCCUCGACGUCCCUGCAUCUAGAUUUAUCUGGCAAGGAACUGGUCCACCACCUGAUAGUGCCAGGCUCGUAUGUAAGUUGAUGACCAUAUCGCCUGAGCUGUAUGGAGUUGUGUGUGCAAUCACUGUUCUUUGUAUUAUCCUGGCAGUUUGCUUCCUGGGUUUUAACAUCAAACUUCGGAAUUACAGGUACAUUCAGAUGUCAAGCCCUCGUCUUAAUAACACCAUUGUUAUAGGAUGUAUCGCUAUGUAUCUAUCAGUAUUUAUGUUUGGAUUGGAUGGUAACCUGAUAUCACCUGAUCGAUAUUCUAGUAAUUGCCAGGCAAGAAUAUGGCUGACUUCACUUGGUUUCACCACCGCAUUUGGCGCCAUGUUUGCCAAAUUAUGGAGAGUUUACGUCAUAUUCACCAACCGUAAAUUAAGGAAAAAGGUUAUCAAAGAUGGAAAACUUUUCAUGUUUGUUGGUGCUCUACUGUUGGUCGAUGUUUUAACCCUCAGCGUUUGGAGUGGAGUGGACCAUCUGACAAGAAGGCUACAAAAUGGCACCAUUGAGCAUGGAAUAGAGUACGACACAUUGCCUCAGUGGGAAUACUGUGACUGCCAGCACAAGGCAAUAUGGUUUGGUGUUUUAUUUGCCACUAAAGGCCUGCUACUUUUGUUUGGAGUGUUCCUCGCGUGGGAGACUCGACAGGUGAAAAUUCCCGCCCUAAACGACUCGCGCUAUGUUGGAAUGUCUGUGUACAACGUUGUCAUCUUGAGUGUAGUUGGUGUCCCUGCUGCAUUGAUGAUCGAGUACGCGCAGGAUGCUUCUUUCGCCCUCACGGCGUUCUUCGUUAUCUUCUCAACCACAGUGACGUUGUGCUUAGUAUUUGUUCCAAAGUUCAUAGCAGUGAAACGAAAUCCGAAUGUUUUGGACACAAGUGGUGCAACGAACACAUCCGCGAGUCAAAGCAGCGGUGAGUCAUCAACCUCACAAGAUAAAGGAAUAAAAGGGGCCAAGUUCAUCGCCUUAGCUGCCGAGAAUUCCAACCUCAAGACCCUGAUAGCUGAGAAAGAAGAGGAGAUAUCUCAACUAGAGAUCCGUUUGAGAAGACGAGGGGUAACAAUAACAGAGCUACGGAGAAUAUCAAUGGCUGCACGACAUUCGGAUGCUAUACCAGAGUUGACUCCCACUUUGCUCAUCAGAGGUGAUAGGGACGACGGUGGAAGUUUUCAUAUUGAUAAAGCGCAGAGCACGGAUGAUGUAUCCGACUCUAAAUCUGCAGAUAAACCUGACCAGGAACCAUUUUCACCGAAAAAACGAUAUUCCCCAUCGUCUUCCUAUGUCGACCAAGGUGUUCUUUUAGGUAACGAUGUGACGAAGGCAAACAGCGCCAUAGCAAAGAAGUACUCCUUGCCCACACGGGCUAGAAAAGAUGUUUCUCAAAUCGAGACUAGGACCAGGACCCGCUCAGCUGACAACGAAGUUCAUGAAGCUUACGAGAACCCGGCGAUCUUUACGGAAACAAACGACGAAUCCACGAGCGUUCCUCGAAGGAAACUAUCUAUGAAUAACCGAAUGGAGAGCCCCUUUUACACAGAACCCUCGACAACGGCUUCCUCGCCACCCCUCUCCUCUGUAAAAUCACGAUACACUAAGCCUAAGAAAGGAGAUACCCCGGAUGUGAAUGCAAAUGCAUCACCAAUUGUUAAGGGAGAACUGCAACGCAAAGGAAGUGUUGUUCUUGUGUCCAAGUCGCAAACCGGUGAAACUUGUUUUCAAGUGAAAACUCCGGCAGAGUUUAAGCCAAAGACAGAGAAAGAUAAAAUAAGAAAAUCCAUUGAGUAUAACGUAUAAUUUGCAGUAACCGUUUUAACAUAUGUUUCUGAUAUUUGUGUAAAGAUAUUUAAUAUAGUUUUAUGAUUUUUUUCUCAUAUAAGGCAGUGUCACAAUGUUCAGGAAAUUUUUCUUUGAGGUCCUAGAGAUUUUAACCCUUUAACUCCCACGAGUGACCAAGACAGAAUUUCUCCCCACAAUAUCAACCAGAUAAGUGAUGAGAAUGAAGAAAAACAUCAAUUUGGGGAUAAUUAGUUGAUCCGAUACUAAAUUCUCUUAACCAACAUUAUAAGAAUUGUAUGGUUGACAGUAAAGAGAAUUACAAAUUUGAUCUGUGAGUUAAAAAGGUUAAGGGUAAUUUGUUUUGCAAGCAGGUUUCCCUCAUAUUAUCUCAUACCUCAUAACAAACAAUGAUGAUAAUAUUGAUACAUAAUCAAAUAAAAAUUCUGCAUCCGUGUUUAACUCUAGAGGACUAAAAAGGAUUCAGCUAAAUCCAAGAUAGUUUAGAGUGCAUUUUUUAAAACAGCAGCUUAACAUUGUUUGAGUGACCCUUCUGGAAAAAUUUUUAAAAGCUUUCAGUUGACGUGAGGAGAUCAUUUUAGGUUCAUACAGUUUGUGAUUGCCAGCAGUGUCCAGAAAACAAAUAUUUUGACUCCCAGUAUUAAAAACUGCUGUGUAGAAUUGCUUUAAUUCUUUAACUCCCAGAAGUAAUUAAAAUGAAACUUCUCCCUAUAAUAUCUAUACAUUAUCCAACAAACAGGUGAUAAGAAUAAUCAAACUUAUCAUGUAGAAGUUGUUAUCUUGAUUCAACAUUAAAUUCUUUGAAAGAAUUUACAAGGAAACCCGUAGCAAUGAGUGAGGAGAAUUAACAAUCAGAUCUUGGGAGUUUAAGGGUUAAAUAACCAAUUCAGUGACAUGCAUGCAGGAGGCUAUUUCUUGUAUUUAGUAAAAUUCUCUUAGACUAUUAGUUCCACUUAACCCUUUCACUCCCAUGAGUGACCAAGACAGAAUUUCUCCUUACAAUAUCAAUACAAUAUCAAGCAGACAAGUGAUGAGAAUAAAGAAAAAUAUCAGUCAGGGGAUUAUAAAUUGAUCCAAUAACAAAUUCUCCAAACUAACAUCACAAGAACUGUACAGCAGACAGUAAGGAGAAUUACUAAUGAGAUCUUGGGAGUGAAAGGGCUAAAUUUGUUUACAUUACAAAUUCAAACUAUCAUGUUACUGUAACAUAAUCAGAGACUUCAAAAAUCAACUACAGCAAAAUGAAUCAUAACAUUUUGAUUUUUUGUAGAAAUAAAUAAAUAUAAUUCAAAAUAUCUUCACGACAGUAUUUUAUAUCUAUUACAUACUCAGCUGUAAAUGUGUUUACAAUAAAUUAUGAACACUCUCUCUCUCUCUCUCCCCCCCUCUCUCCUUCUCU